CUCCCUCUCUUUGUUUCUCGCUGAAAAUAUGUGCCUGCUUUGGCCAGGGGAGGGAGAGGCCAACUGGGUUCAUCCUUCAUAGUUUGAUCAUUGAUGGUUCUUCAACCUUGAAUCACCACACUACGACCCUCACCACAUGACAAUGGCCGUCGCUACCUUCUCCUCUUUCAAUGCUUCAGAAAAGAAGCACUGGUGGCUUACCAACCGAAAGAUUGUUGAGAAAUACAUCAAAGACGCUCGUAGCCUCAUUGCGACCCAAGAACAGAGCGAGAUCGCAUCGGCUCUGAAUCUUGUAGACGCGGCACUAGCAAUAUCUCCACGCCUAGACCAGGCGCUCGAGCUCAGAGCCAGGUCUCUUCUUUAUCUCCGGCGUUUUAAGGACGUCGCCGAUAUGCUUCAGGACUACAUUCCCAGUCUCAGGAUGGCAGUCGAGGAGUCGGGCUCUUGUUCUUCGGAUAGUUCGUCUCAGCAGCUCUCAAGGGAGGGAGCGAAGCUGCUCUCAUCUCCGGAGUCGUCGCCGGAUCAGAGUUUCAAGUGCUUCUCCGUCUCGGACUUGAAGAAGAAAGUGAUGGCAGGACUGUGUAAAAGUGGCGAGAAGGGAGGGCAAUGGAGGUAAAU